UCACUGCCAACUAAGCUAAGAAAGAGCUCUCCAUUUCUCCCACUUGGAUCUCUCCGCCUUCUCGACGGACUUCUCGAGAGUGAACCUCUCAAUCCCUAGUUUUUCUCCAAAUCCCUCUCCAAUUCCUCCUCUUUCUCAAUCCUAGAUCCCACCAUGCAAGCCUCUCUUUCCCUCUCCUGCGCCUCCCCGGUGAUCUCUGCGAAAUCCAAUCCGGCGCUCGGGUCCUUCUCAAAAUCCUCGGCUCUGCGCUUUUGCGGGCUUAAGCGAGAGGUUCUAGGGUUUCGAUCGGUUAAGUCGGUUGGAUUGGGGAGGAUUCAGAGGUCCGUUUCGCGGACGGUGACUGCUGCCCUUUCCGGCAACGGUAGUGCUUCCAAGGGUUUUGAUUAUGAUUUGGUGAUUAUUGGUGCUGGAGUCGGUGGCCAUGGUGCUGCUCUUCACGCUGUUGAGGAGGUUUGGCUUUUGUGCCUUGAAUUUCCAACAUUUGAUUAUUUAUCAACGGUCUAGAUGGCAUGUAGGUUCCUGUUCCGGUUGUUGAUUUUUGGAAUGUUAAUUGCUACCUCAUAGUUGUCUUUAGUUUGGUUUUUUAUAUAUAUAAAUGACUUUUUUUUUAACCUUGGGUCUUCUUUUAUUGCUUCUUCCACUCUCAUUUACUACACAAAAUGCUCUACCCUAUCUUACACUUCUUUCUCAUGAAGAGUCAAGAAUAAGUCUAAGCGACAUUUUGUU